ACCUUGAUUAUUCUGGUUAGUCACAUUGUACUGCUAUUAUUUUGAACAAUACUGUAUAAAGUGGAAUCUAACAAAGGGGCUAUCGGUGGGUUUAGCACAAUGUUUAUUGUGCUAAACAAAACUUUUGGGCAAUGGGCCGUUCUAUUAAUUAGGUCUGAAAAGUAUUUUGUUCUUGCAGCUUUGACUGCAUGCUGGUUCUAAGUUCUAAGCGUAUCUUUUAGCAAUUCAUAAGAGAUCUGCAAUCGGUCUAUCCUCCAUCUGCGUUCAGACUUCCUACAAGCCCUUCAAAACACACAAAUUUCAUUGUUCAACCAUGGCUGAGACUGAGGUUUAUACCUUUUAUAUCUAAGUGGAGCAAUAUCAUUCAAAAUGUCCAAGCAAACAGAAUUAAAAACAGCAGUCAACUCCUCUGUGUCUAAAGAGGGUCCAGAUACCUCGAUGAUAGAAGACAUUGAAUUUGCCGCAUAGGCCUCAGCAAAACAAUUUGCUGUAGUCUCAUUUAAUGGUCGGACACAACGGACUACAGGUUUGCUUUUUGAGAUAACAGAUGGAAGAUCAAAGUGAAAUAAAACAGAACUAUGAUCGGAUAUACAAUUGUCAACUACAGACACAUUACUAACAGAUAACCCCCAGGACAGAACUAAAUCAAGGGUAUGAGCAUGCCUGUGAGUAGCAUCACAUACUGACUGCAUUAAGUUAAAAGAGUCAACACGGUCAGAAAACUGCUUUACUAAAGGUUUAGACAGUCAGCAAAUAUGAAUGUUAAAGUACCCGAGAAUUAAAAGAUUAUCAGCAGUUGGCACAAUAAAAGAAAGAAAAUCUGAGAUAUCCUGGAUGAAACCCUUUUCAUACUUUGGAGGGCAAUAAAUAAGAGCACAAUAAACUGUGAAUGAUAGGUCCACUUUAAAGAGCUGAAGUAUAAAGCUUGUAAAUUUCUCCAGUGGAAUUAAGAUGCAUUUGAAGCUGUCCUUAAAAAGUGUGGCAACACCCCCACCACGACCAGAGGAUCUGGGAGUAUUUAAAACAUUAUAGUUCACUUGCAGCAGUUCAGAAAGAAGGCAAGUAUCCAUCGGCUCAAGCCAUGUCUCAGUUAGAAACAAAAAAUCCAGAUUUAUAAAAGUUUUAUUUCCCACUGACCUCCCAUUCAAAAGUGCAGCUUUAACUGUGAUGUGAUCCGUGGAUUGAUUCGUAAAGUAAGAAACAUAUAAGCAAAAGGUCUAAAGACGCUAUCCCCGGGUUUCACAAGCUUAAUCUGAACCCUGUCUGUGACCUACAUAAUAUAGCAUAUUUGUGAUUUUGCUGUAAACAUGUUUUAUAAUGCAUAACUAACAAGGGAGCUCCAUUAAGUACACGACUCAAUAAUGGCUUUACAUAAACCAUAUAUACUUCUUGAAGACUAUUACUAAAUGUCUAUUUAUCAUCUAACAGGAUAAUGUUUAAUAAGUAUUGUAGAUGAGCACAUCUAACAGACAUGAAACAGGCAUCUGACUGAUGUGUAUGUGUGAUAUUGUUUAUAAUUCACUUUUGUCAACACUGCUUUAGAUGAGUGUAAGUCAUGUAAACAAACAAAUCUACGUAAAGUAAUUAAACAUAAGUUAUCUAUUUUAUUUGUCCAUUUGCAAUAUUGUUAAUAUAAGGAACAUUUUUGUUGGAUAAAAAGCGAGUUACAUCAGUAACGUACUCAACAUGUAAAUGCAGAAUAUCUCAGAUAUCCAGUUAAGAGUGACAGAUGAGGGAAUGCUGCCAUCAAAGGAUUUGUAUCUUUUGUGGUGGAGCAGGAUCUGCAAGGAAAGGUGUAAACAAAGGGAAAACCUGAAACAAAAGAAUAAUGUAGUCGUGCUCAUGGGCUGCAGGCACAUGAAAGUUUGGAGCAGACACAGCAGUCAGAUUGUCCUGCACGUGUUCUUCUGCUCUCACUUCAAGGUUGUGUGGUUCAGAGAGCCGUCAUCAAGGACUUCCUCAUCCUGUUGCUCAACGACAUUCCCAUUGAGAAGAGUGAUGUCCCAAUCACUAUCUCUGCUGCUUCUGAUUAUAUCCAAGAUGGCGGCGCGUCCACACGCAGCGGCUUCUCUCUGUCCCGACAGAACGUGUUUUCGUGUUUUUUGUCUUGUGAGUCGCAGUGUUUUUGCACGUUGUCGUCGCGUCUACCUGUCUGUAAGCGCAAAUACAGUCGCGAGUUUCUGCUCGAUGUCGGCAGAACCGCAUUUUUACAGUUAAACUCCGCGCAAGCGGAACAGCUGCAGGAUCUCGAUCUUCUACGGAGGCCUUCACCAUCAUCGACCCCCACUACUGCAUCUCGCCCGCAGCGGAGGCGCCACAAGCGGCGUGAGAGGAAGCAGAAGAGGGGGAAGCGCGGAGGUAUCCAGGCUUUGUGUUCACGGAA